AUGGCGACUCUAGAGGAAAAGCUGGACAAGAUCCGGUCGCCAAACCUCCAGAGCCAGCAGCAGACCCAUGUCAUUCUGAAUGCGGUCGAGGAAACACUCAAGGAACAGAAUUCUCAACCGACGCCGACGGGAUACUUUGCCGCUCUACUGGCGCUAUUAGACCAAUCCCUCAAAAAUGGCCAGAUCAAUAAAGAAUUGACACCCUCGGUCGUCUACCUCCUCGACGUAGUUACGCCCUAUGCGCCGCAGCCCCUCCUACGAUCCAAAUUCACCCAAAUCCUCACCCUCUUGGCUCCGGUUCUGCUCCUCGAAGACGCCGAGGCGCCCUUGCUGAGACCGUCAAUCGGGUGUCUCGAAUCUCUGCUACUCGCACAGGACUCAGCCGCAUGGAAACUCCCCACCAACGAAAUAAGCCCGCGAAGGGCUGUCGCGGGUCUCUUGAACCUCGCGCUAGACCAUCGGCCGAAGGUGCGGAAGCGUGCUCAGGAUGCUCUGCGGAAAGUGCUCAAGAACCCGCCCCCGAGUCCGUCUAUAGACCACCCGGCAGCGGACUUGUGCGCCGAAUCGGCCAUGAGGAGCCUGACUGAGAUAGCGAACAAAGCCGCGGCGUCGAAGAGGCAGAAAAAGUCGGCGGCAGCGGAGCACGACCCCGCUCUCAUACACGCCCUCCAGCUUGUUAAGGCAAUCGCCGCGGCAAGUGGUGGCUGGCCUAGCAGGAAUCUCGAAGUCCUAUGCGAGCUUUUACUCAGCAUUGCGAAGAGCGGGAAUGAGCACAUGACAAUGGCUGUUUUCGACAUUUUCGAGAUGAUAUUCGAGGGCAUGGCAGAUGAGUUAGCGUCUUCCAAGCUGCCGCGACUCCUCGAGAUCAUCUCCGAGAUGCGCCCCUCGGCAAAUGACACUCAAUUGCUGCCCCCUUGGAUUGCAAUACUCUCGCGAGGUUACGAUGUAUCCGCCCAGACGGAGCCCGAAGACACCUUCCAAAAACUCCCGGAUUUGUUCACGAUGGUGUCCGAGUUUAUGGAGUCUUCUUCGCACAACAUUAGGAUCUCCGCGUCCGAGUGUUUGAUUUCGUUCACGGCGAACUGCAUUCCCGAUCAAGUCAUAGUCGAGCCUUCGAUUUAUGACGAAAAGGUCCUCGAGAAGAUCGCUAGGAUCGCUGAGAAUCUUCUUAGCCUAAAGUAUCAAUCGGCUUGGAUGGAGACGUUCAAUGUCCUCGGUGCCAUUAUCGAUGCUUUGAGGUGGCGCGCUAAUCCCAUGAUGCUAAACGUCGUGCGGAUAGUCGGCGAAAUCCGCGGGAACGAUUCAUUCAUGGGCAAGAAGGAGGCAGAUGAGGUUCUCGGCAAAGCCAUUCGGGCCAUGGGUCCUGAAGCCGUCCUCGGCGUCCUCCCCCUGAACCUCAUCAAGCCGGUCAAGGGUCAGCCUGGCCGGGCAUGGAUGCUACCAAUACUCAGAGAUUAUACGACGAACACGAACCUUCAACAUUUCAGGACUGAGUUUAUUCCUCUGAGCGAAGCGAUGUUCCAACGAGUUCUUGACAAUGGUGACACUGCAAAGACGAUGGAGAUUAAGAUAUAUGAGACCGUGGUACAUCAGACGUGGUCUAUCCUACCGGGCUAUUGCGACCUGCCUUUGGAUUUGACGGUAGCGUUUGAUCAAAGCUUUGCUGAGAUGCUGGCAAAUCUAUUAUACAAACAAGUCGAUCUCAGGCUCGAUGUCUGCCGGGCACUUAAGACCCUAGUCGAAUCGAAUCAGACAGUAGCUCGCUCUGAAGACGACGAAAAUUUGAUCCUUAACAGUCGAGUUUCUAAAGCAGACGCACAGAAGAACAUAGCUUACCUAGGAAGCUUCGCAGGUAACCUCCUAGCUGUUCUCUUCAAUGUCUACAGUCAGACACUCCCACAGUCCAGGGGGCCAAUACUACAAACCACCAAUGCCUACCUCAGCAUUACCCCUGAGAAGGAACUCAUUGAAACGUUUGACCGCGUCAGUACGAUACUAGCUUCCGCACUAAAUGAAACCAACAACGACGCUGGUAAAGAUAAGAACCAGAAAUCGAAGGACCACAUGCCCUCUACCGGCCAGACGCUGAUGGACUUGGUAAUAACCAUGUCUGCUUAUCUUCCCCGGCAGAGUUUCGGAGCUCUCUUUAAUAUCGCCGCACUUAUCAUUGCUAAAGACGACGAUCCCCAGCUACAGAAGAAAGCCUACAAGCUGAUCCCACGUCUCGCCGAGUCCGAGAUGGGCAAAAUGGCACUUCGGGAACGAAAUACGGAGCUUCAAAAAUUGAUACUUUCGAGCUCCGAAAAGGUCUCAGCCCCCGCGAGGAGGGAACGGUUAGCAGCGAUCACCGCAUUGAUUCCGUUUAUCCCCGAUACUUCGCUUCACUUUGUUCCAUCGGUGCUAUCCGAAGUGGUCAUUUGCUGCAAGGAACAAAACGAGAAGGCGAGAACACUGGCCUUUGAGCUUCUCGUACUGAUGGGCCAACGAUUGGCAGAUGCAAAAGGCAAACCGAUCGACAACAAUAAAGUGCCACAUAUGCCCAAGGACGCACCCUCUGUGUCUGCGAGUAUCGAGGAAUACCUUACCAUGGUUAGUGCCGGGCUUGCGGGCAGUACACCUCAUAUGAUAUCUGCUUCCAUCACGGCCCUCACCCGUAUCCUCUAUGAGUUCCGGGAGUCGCUUAACCGAGAAGUGCUCAGUGACUUAGUCCAGACCAUGGAUCUCUUCUUGACAUCGAACAAUCGAGAGAUCGUCAAGAGCGACUUAGGAUUUGUGAAGGUCUGUGUCAUCAGUCUGCCGACAGAUCUGAUACUUCCGCGUCUGCCAACGAUGGUCCCCAACUUAAUGGUCUGGGCACACGAGCACAAGGGCCACUUUAGGGUAAAGGUUAGGCAUAUUCUCGAGCGAAUGAUCCGCCGUUUCGGGUUCGAUUCUGUCAACCGGAACUGCCCCGAGGCAGAUCGGAAGCUGAUGAUUAACAUCCGCAAGACCAAGGAGCGCAGCAAGAGGCGUAAGGAUGCCGCCAAAGAGGCAGGCGACGAGGACGGGGACGAUCGGCAGGGCGGUCGGCGGCGGAACCGGUUCGAGAGCGAAUACGACGAGGCGCUGUAUAGCAGCAGCGAAGGGUCCGGUGCCGAGGACGAUUCGGAUGCCGAAGUCCUGGGGAAGGGGUCGCGAAAGACACAGCAGCAGAAGGGCGGCACCGCGUACAUCAUGGAGGACGAGGAUGAACCGCUGGACCUACUAGAUCGUAAGGCGCUCGCCAGCAUCUCGUCGACGAGGCCGGGCAGGCUGCGCAAGGCCGGCAAGACAAAGGCGAAGACGGACGCGGACGGCAAGCUGAUCCUAGGCGGAGACGAUGAAGGCGAAGACGCGGACGGGGACGCCAUGGUAAUCGACACUCCCGCCACGGCGGGCGCCGAGGAGAGCAGCGGCGUCGGGGCCUACGUCGCGGCGCUCAAGAGUAGGGACGUCGGGCGCCGCGGCCGCGGCGGACGACUCAAGUUCUCUAAUAAGAGGGCGGGCCAGGGCGAGGGCGAGGACGAGAUGGACGUCGACGAAAAGGAUGUGUCGGUUAUCAAGACGCAGAUCAGCAGAGGCGGCAGGGGCGGCCCCCGAGGAGGAGGACGAGGAAGAGGAGGAGUAUUUCGGGGCGGCUAUCCCGCACGCGGCGGAGGGAGGAGCGGCAGGGGGGGCAUCGCGGCUAGCAGGAGGGGCCUCGGGCAGGACAAGAGGCGGGGCCCGGGUCCGGCCUUCGCGGGCAAGGUCGGGAAGCCGAAGUCGCCCGGCAGGAGAUAA